CAGUUGGGUGUUCACGACAUUUCUGAGCUCCAACGCAAUUGAAAAUUGAGAUGGCAAGCGAUUUGACCAAACUUUCUGAAUCUGUCUACGACUUCAUCGUUAAGGGAAAAAUUCUUACUGACGAUAUCAUUAGAAACUGGACCAUUUUUAUUGCUUGCUACAACAAACAAUUGAACUGGGGAAGUGUAAUCAUAUAAUCAUUAAUCAAGAAAUGUCUUUCUUUUAACUUAAGACAGCAACAAAAUGAAGAAUUAUAGAUUUUGGUUGCAUAUAUUUACCCUUGUUUGUUUUGACAGUCUGAUGGAUGUUCUGCAGCUACAGAAUAAGUGUUUUUAGUUUCAUCAUGUCUUUGACUACUUAGCUUAGGGAGGGAAAUAAUGCAGCAGGUGAUGGAUGGGUAGUGUUAUUUUGCAGGAUGCGAAAGGCAACGAUGUAGAUCUCAACAUCUAUAAGGGAAAAGUCCUCCUAAUUGUCAAUGUUGCUUCCAAGUGUGGGAUGACGAACUCAAACUACACUGAGCUCAAUCAAUUGUACGAGAAGUACAGACACCAAGGCCUGGAAAUACUAGCAUUUCCCUGCAAUCAGUUUGGAGAGGAGGAACCAGGAAGCAAUGAUCAGAUAUUAGAUUUUGUUUGCACUCGUUUCAAGUCAGAGUUCCCCGUCUUUGGCAAGAUUGAAGUGAAUGGUGAAAAUGCUUCUCCCCUUUAUAAGUAUAUGAAAUUAGGGAAGUGGGGAAUAUUUGGAGAUGACAUUCAGUGGAACUUUGCAAAGUUUCUGGUUGAUCAGAGAGGGCAGCCUGUCGAUCGCUAUUAUCCCACAACAUCACCCCUUACCAUUGAGAGAGAUGUACAGAAACUACUAGGAAAAAAGGAAUAGUGUGAUCUAUGUGCUACUCACUCACUUUCAUGGAAAUCUUAGUAUUCAUUCUCCAUCAGAUUGGUGGUAUAAAUGCUCUAAUCUAUACAACACUAGCAGUGCAUCAAAAUCACAAAUCAAAUGUUCUUCUGGAUUGGAUUUGCAAAAUCUUCUUGGUUUCUUUGUGUAUUGUGACAGGCAAGUGAUGUUUUAAUGUACCGGUGCACAAUUUUACAUAUGAAGUUAUGAAGUAUGUAUGCCUCUUCUACUACUACUUGACUUGAUGAUGCCAAAGUA